GGUUUCCGGUUUGAGAUGAGAACGCCUACUGGGUAGGAGUGGGAGGGGCCUAUCUACCAACCAGGAAGCCUCUGCACACGCUUCAUAUCAUACAGUCACAACCUGACCAGGUGACGCUUUAUAUCUUUAUAAUCAAAACCAGAAAGGGUGGGUUAUGGAGUCCGCUGGGACAGAGGGGAACAGCCUAUCACGGACUGAGUUCAUCUAUUGCUGCGGUGCCGUCACAGAGGUCCUCCGAUUUGGCCCGGCUCACCUGAACCAUGAACACAAGGUUCUGUUUCUGGUCAUCCCUGGUAACCCUGGCAUCGUGGGUUUCUACAAGACCUUUAUGCAGGCUCUUCAUGCUUCUUUUGGCUUUCGACAUCCAGUGUGGGCUGUGAGCCAUGCCGGCCACUGCGACCCGCCAGUCUCCAUGGACAUGGUUGAGGAUGCCUCUUUCAUCGAAGAGGGCGACAUAUUCGGGAUCAAUGGGCAGAUUGAGCACAAACUGGCCUUCCUAAGAAAGCAUGUUCCCAAGGAAACCCGCCUGGUUCUGCUGGGUCACUCCAUCGGCUGCUACAUCAUUCUGGAUAUGAUGAAGAGAAAUCCUGAGCUCCAGGUCCUUAAGGCUGUCAUGCUAUUCCCCACCAUCGAGCGCAUGGCCCAGACCCCCCAGGGCCGCAUCCUGACCCCCGCCCUGUGCCACAUGCGCUACCUGGCCUACCUGCCACUCUUCCUGCUCUCGCUGCUGCCUGAAAGGCUCAAGACCGCCCUGGUGAAGCUGGCCUUUUGCCGCAUCCAAUCCCUGGACAGCACGGUGGUGGCUCCCACCGUCGACCUGCUCAGCGGGGACUGCGCAGCCAAUGCUAUGUACAUGGGUGGUCAGGAGAUGAAAGGUGUUUUGGAAAGAGAUAACCUGACAAUUAAAACGAAUUUGAAAAAGCUUGUGUUUUACUACGGGGCGGCGGACCACUGGUGUCCUGUCCAGUAUUAUCACGACAUCAAGAAAGACUUUCCCAGUGGAGACAUAAGACUUUGCAGAAAUGGCUUCCGCCACGCCUUCGUACUGGACACGGGAAAGGACGUUGCAGGGAUGGUUAUCGAAUGGCUGUCCAAUGAUUUGAGGACAUGAGUUGGUCCUUGAUACUAAUAUCAUAUAGGGAAUAUGUGACUGAGGAACUCGAUGACUCCAUGUACCGGAUCCAAUAGGAAAAGCAAACUUCGAUUGCAUCAAUGAUUACUCGCCUUAAUGGGUUUUGUUAUUUUUGGACUGUGCGGGUAAAAUCUGAAGAAGAAGUCUGAUGACUGGAGACUGUUUUUUAAAUACAGUGCUGUAUAAAUUAAUUUAUUAAGUUACGUUCUUAAAUCAAGAGUUGUACAGAGGGAGAGAGCAGAAGAAAGAACCAAAAAACAAGUGAAUCAGUGAGGGAAUAGCUGAUGGAUGGCAAUGCCAUUCCUAACAAAUGAUUCAUAAAUGAUAGCGCUUAAAUCAUACAGUCAGAUUUAUUUACAGAUUAAGAUAAAAUUAAAUUGCAUUUUAUUAAUCCCGAAUGGGAAAUUUGGAUAAUUAUGAUGUGCAUUAUGAUGAUUAUGGUAAUGUGAUAAACCUUGAUAGACUGGACUGCCUAAAGAUUACUGCAACCAAAUGUAUCACACCAGUCAGCUCCAGCCUUAAAGGGGUAGUUCGGAAUUUUGGACAUAGGGCCUGAUUCCCAAGUUAGCCUUGGUGUUCUUUAUCAUUGGAGAUAGUUUAACACAUUUCAUUCAGUCCUUCUAGUUGCAGAGUUCACUCGUGCUAGGCUAGCGCACGUCAACGGGCAAUACUAGCCUGCUAAUAAAACAGUCUUACAAACUUCACAGUACACACGAGGUACAUCAAUUAUAACGCCAGACUAUCGAUGUGAAUGUCUGUGUUGAUAGAAUAAUGUUAGAAAUAAAACUAACCUUGCAUCGCUUGAAUCAUCGCAUUAUUGGGGGACUACUUUCUCAGCAGCAGCGGAAUUUAACCUAGGUAUCAGUCCGCCGCUGCCGUACUACCAGGAAUAUAACACUGCUGAUGAGACACGGCAAGUCCCUCAAAAUGCAAUGCAAUGCAAGGUUGGUUUUGAAACAUGCGGCUGCUGCCACCUAGUGGACCAGCGGAUUAACAUGUUUUAGUUGCAAUUUUAUCUAUAUAUAUAAAUUAUGAAAUGAAAGGCUGGGGUUUUGUUUUAUAUAAUUUGUUUAUAUUGUUAAGGAGUAGUAGUAUUGGUGCGUUCACAUCACUGAAAACAUUUUAGCGACAUCGGAAGGUUCUCGUGAACGACACCUUAUGACGCUCUUAUUAUUCUACUUCUGUUCGGCAACUUGGGCCAGAUUUUGAUAACAGAGUUGCCCAGUUGGUGACGUAUGGUUUACUUGUGACGCGCAUGCACAUGGCGGAACUUGAAAGUUUUAAUCAAUAUAAAAGAAUCAACCAUUAUAUCA